GCGCUGGUUUGGUGGCGUUGCCGAAGCUCCGUGGUGGCGUGCGCCCCAUAGCCGUGGGCGAGGUUGUCAGUCAGGCCGUCGCGCACUUCCCUGGCUUGGCAAGAUGGGUGAGCUGGACUUACAGACGACCGACGGCGCUGCAGUUUGGAGCCGCCACCACUGUGCACUCUGCCGGAGGGGUGCAACAAGGCGACCCGCUAGGCCCCCUGCUCUUCUCCGCCGUGCUGCAGUCCCUCGCUACUGAGCUACGCGCCUUGCCCCUGGACCUGGCCUUCUUCUACCUGGAUGACGGCGUCCUCGCUGGUGAUGUGCAAGAGGUUGUGCGUGCUCUGCAACAUGUCCAGCGGCGGGCAACGGAACUUGGCCUGCAGCUCAACCUCUCCAAGUGCGAGGUGGUUGGGGCAGGCUUGCUGUCUGAGUCUGCCUUAACCAGGGUGUUGCCUCAGUCUCUCCUUUACACUAGUGACGGAAGCAGCCGGUUCCAGCGAAACUUUGAACUUCUUGGUGCCGCCAUCGGAGACGAGGACUUCACUGCUUCACACUGCUUGGCUCGGGCCCAGGCAGCCGCCCCGCUCUUGGAAGCUAUUGGUGGGCUCGAGGACUCUCAGGUGAGCCUUCGGCUGCUUCGGUCCUGCGCGGGCCACGCCCGCCUCGUGCACUCCAUGCGCAGCUACAAGGCGUGCUGUGAGCUCGAUGCCUCCUAUGGCCUUGCUCCCCUCAGCGGUGACCCCUACGUGGUGCAGGCGCUCGCCGCCUUCAACGACUUUCUGCCCCAGCCCCUGGCCGCGGAUGUUGUGCUAGCUUCCAAACAGAAAAUGCUCACCACUGCGGAGGCCAGCUGGCAAAGGCACUUGGCCACCUCGUCCCUCACUGCCCGUGCUGUCCUGCGGUCUGAGGCGGAGCCCGGAGCCCGCGCCUUCCUGGCAGCCGUUCCAAGUGGCCCAACCCGCAUGGAGUCAGCUGCCUUUAUCGUGGAGCUGCGGCAACGUUUCGGAGCCCCCGACGCUGCUUCGGACACCUGGUGUCCCCUGUGCCAGGGUGUGCUCGACACUCACUCCUUGCAUGCCAGCACCUGCGCGGCCGGUGGUGAACGAACGCAGCGACACCAUGCCCUCCGUGAUGCUUUGUGCAACUGGGCGGCCAGGGCAGGGCUGCAGCCUGAACGAGAGCGGCCGGGACUACUCCUUCCCCAGCGCCCUGAGGAGGCCCGUGUUGCUGCAAGGCGCCCCGCCGACAUUUAUUUGCCCAGCUUUCAGGGCUCUCCCGUCGCACUUGACCUGGCCGUAGUGGCCCCACAGCGUCAGGAGAGCUUGGCCCAAGCUGGACAAGUGGCGUUGGCCGCCGCGUCUUCCUACACCCACACCAAGGAGACACACCUAGACACAGCCCGGCUGUGCUCAGCCCAAGGCGUGCGGUUCAGACCCUUGGUGGCAGAGGCUACUGGGGCCUGGACUCGGGAUGCCUCUACAGUCCUGCUGGCCGUUUCCAAAGCUGUAGCGGUCCGGACCAACCAGGAAGCAUCACUCCUGCAUGCGCAACUCUUGCAGGAGCUCAGUGUCAUUUCCCGAGGCCACAGAGCUCGGGCAGUGCUCAGGCGCCGGGCGGAGGCGAGCGAGCACACGUAG